AACUCGCAUACAAUUCAAAACUUCCGGUUUAGUCAAACGACGAAGUCUAUUUUGAUAUUUUGGCUAGCUAGCGACCUAGUUUAUGAAAUAAGUUUAAUAGCAAUUUAUUAACACCGCAAUCAAAAUGGGGAAGCGUCAACAUCAGAAGGAUAAAAUGUACAUCACAUGUGCUGAGUACACCCAUUUCUAUGGUGGGAAAAAAUCAGAAAUUCCAAAGUCAAAUUUUCGACGUCUUCCAUUUGACCAUUGCAGCUUGUCUCUGCAGCCGUUUGAAUAUCCCAUGUGCACUCAUGAGGGAAUCGUCUUCGACCUGCUGAGCAUCGUUCCUUGGAUAAAGAAGUUUGGCACCAAUCCCAUCUCUGGAGAGAAACUGGAAGCCAAGUCCCUCAUCAAGCUAAACUUCGCCAAGAACAAUGAUGGUAAAUACCACUGUCCUGUCCUGUACACCGUCUUCACAAACAACUCCCACAUCGUCACCAACAAGCUCACUGGCAAUGUGUUCUCUCACGAGACUAUUAUACUGUCCCCCUAG